CACAUCAUUUCCUCUCUCUAUCUCUCUCUUUAGUAGGCAAAGUUGUUUCUUUGUCACAUCCCUCGCUUGUUUCCUUCUCUUUUUCUAUCCCAAGGAAAUGGUAAUGGACCUAGUGAUGGAAGGUAAGAGGGAAAAGGGGCCAAUAGAGAGCAAGUACAUGAAGGGAGUAAGACACCUUUGCGAGAGUGGCAUCACAAGAGUCCCUAACAAAUACAUCUUGGCGGUCCCCGAACGGCCCCAAGUGAUGGGAGAACAAAAAACCACCUCUCAUCUUAACCUUAAGCUGCCGGUCAUCGAUCUCGCCCGCUUGCAUACAUCCGACCGGUCCCAAGUUCUGGAGUCCCUGGAGGAAGCUUGCAAGCUGUAUGGCUUCUUUCAGGUUGUGAACCACAAUAUUCCUUGCAAUGCUACACGAAGAAUGAUUGAUGUUGGGAGGAGGUUCUUCGAGCUGCCUUUCGAGGAGAGGGUGAAGUACAUGUCUACCGACAUAAGGAGUCCGGUGAGGUAUGGGACCAGCUUCAACCAGAACACGGAUGAUGUGUUCUGUUGGAGGGACUUUUUGAAGCUAAACUGCCACCCCUUGGACAGUGUUCUUCCAUACUGGCCCUCCUCUCCAAGCGACUUGAGGGAGGAGGCCACGUCGUAUGCCAUGCAAACCAAAUCCCUGUUCUUAGUCCUCAUGGGGGCCAUCCUUGAAACGUUGGGUGCAGACACCGGGAUUCUCCGGGAAUUCAACGACGAUGGAUCGCAUCUAAUGAUCGUAAACUGCUAUCCAGCCUGCCCGGAGCCCAAUCUUACACUCGGAAUGCCGCCCCAUUCCGACUAUGGCUUCCUCACUCUCCUCCUCCAAGAUGACGUGGAGGGCCUCCAGGUCCAAUGUAAGCGGGAAUGGGUCGCCGUGGACCCGGUCCCCAACUCCAUUGUCGUGAACAUUGGCGAUCACUUGGAGAUAUUCAGCAAUGGAAGGUACAAGAGCGUGCUGCAUCGGGUGCUUGUCAACUCCUCAAAGUCUCGGAUGUCGGUCGCAUCCCUCCACAGCCUCCCACCCGACAGAAUGGUCAGCCCUUCACCCGAGCUUGUCAACCAGAAUAACCCAAGGCUAUACAAGGACACCAACUUCGCUGCCUUCCUCGACUACAUGUCCUCCUGCGAGAGCAAGCACAAGAACUUCCUUGAGUCCAGGAAGUUGGCCUAGGGAAAGGAGAAUGCCAAAAGUCAAUGACAGUUGAGUUUUUUUUGCGAGGGAUGCCAACUUCUAGUAGUUUAAAAAAUAAAAUGGAAACUUUAUAGGUAUAAAAAUGGCUGGUCGAGAUUGAAAUAAGCCCCACCACCUCAUUCUCUUACAUAUUUCUGCCUCUCAUUCUAUAUAAUAAGGUUGACAGAGAGGAAGAGGAACAAGCUAGACCUUAAGAACCCUGGAUUUACCUAGGUUGGUAGCAACUUUUGUAUGUGUAUGUGAUAAAAUAAAGAUGAGAGAUUGAUACUA